AGUAGUAAUUGUGUAGUUGACGUGAUAGUAAGUGAUUUACCAAGUUUUUAAAUUUGCAGCUGGAAAUUUUGAAAAAUUCAAUUCUUUUUGUAUACACACAAACUCCUAAUAUAUAAUAAUUACUGAUACGCUGUUCAAUAAAUUUUAACCGUUCUAAAUUCUAAAAAUGACUAAUAUAAGAUUACGUAUUGCUAUUGAAUCUGAUCGUGAUGCAAUUUUAAAACUACUUCGUUCUUCAUUUUAUCCAUAUGAACCGACAACAUUAGGUCUUGAACCAUUUCAACAAACUGAAGAAGAUGAACAAUUUCUUUUGUCAUGGAUCAAUUACGGUACUUGUAUAAUUGCCUAUUACGAUGAUUAUGAUGUUUACUAUAACCAUAAAAAACAGGAAUCCUAUACUAAAAUUUAUGGGAAUAAUAACGAGGAUUUUAAAAUGAAUUUUCUGAAUCAUGAAGCGCGAAAUCAACAUAACAAAGAAUACCAUUACAAUAAGCAUGAAAUGCAGAAACAACAACAAAUAAAGGGACAAAACAUUAAAUGCAACAGUAAUCAGCGUAACCAAUAUGACUGCAGUGCCGAUGACAAUGAUAAUAGUUAUCACCAUCAUCAAAAUACUAAUAUAAUAGAAGAACAGCAACAAAAACAAACUAAUACUUUAAAUGUGAAUCAAAUUUUAAAUCAAAAUAUCUUUACAAAGGAAUUAGUUGGUGUAUUAAUCGGUGGACCAAAAUAUCCUGGUGAAGCUAAACAUUUACUUGAUGAAUCAAAUAGUGUAAAAAAUUUAACAUGGUCAAAAAUGUUAAAAUUUUUAUCAUAUAUUGAAUUUAGAUCAAAUGUAUUUGAAUAUUUUAAUUGUCAAAGUGUUAUACAUUGUCAUGCAAUAGCUGUUCAUCAAAAUGCAAGAGGUAAAUCAAUUGGCAUUAAAAUGAUAAAAGAAUUUAUAAAAAUAUGUAAAAAUUUAAAAUAUCCUGUAAUUACAUUGGAUUGUACUAGCGUAUAUUCAAUUAAAUUAUGUGAAAAAUUAAAUAUGGUUUGUUUAUAUGAAAUGGAAUAUACUGAUUAUAUUGAUGAACAUGGAGAACAAAUUUUACGACCACCAUUACCACAUAAAUUAAUAAAAUGUUUUGGAAAACGAACUGAUGAUGAUGAUAUCAAUAAUGAGAAUGACAUUAAGAUUUUUUAAUUCUUAAUCAACUAAUAAUGGAGAUUAGGUAUAAAAUUAGCGUGGGAUAAUGGUAAAAACAGUAUUGAAGUGGCCCCCAAGUAAUACUAAAAAUGGAGACGUUGUAAUGGACAUCUAAAAUACUAAAAAUGAUCUAUGUAAUACUAAAAAUGGAGACGUUGUUGUGCACAUAUUGGUAACACUGCUGUAGAAUAAAAAGUAUAAAUUAUAUUCCCACACAUUCCUAUACUUCUUUCUGUGUUUUCAAAAUAUAUUGGCGUGGUUUGUUGCAAUCAAUUUUAUUGAUAAAUUGAGCGUGGUAUUUUUUCAUUUAAUUUGUUAAAUUCAGAUUUUUUUAAGGAUGUAAAUGCAAGUAGGUCGAAGUCUUAACUAAAUAUUAACAUUUAUUGCAAAAAUACUAGUUUACUUAUACUUUGUUUCCAAUAAAUUCCCUCUUUUUUAAAUUAAAUUAAUAUUUUUUUUUUCAUUCUAAAGUCAAUCCUCAUUGACUUGGCCAU